AUGGCCUCUACUGCAUACGACGCGUUCAUUCACAAGAUAUUCGCUAAAGUCACUCAGCUCCAAUCGAGGGGUCUGUAUACGGAGGAUCGGAAUACCAUCAAAGGAAAUCGCCUCAAUCUCAUUUGGCUUGAACCUACUGGUGACUCCGUUCCAAAACAGACAAGAUGGCGACAAAACCGUGCGCGUGACAAGUAUAGGGAGAUCCAGGAAGCCAGCAGUCAUUUAUUUCUUGCGGUGUUUUUAACUAUUCCACCCAGUAUCUGCUUCAGUUCUGAGUUCCAGUCAGUGAUCAAUUACCUGGUUGGCCUUGAUAAUUACGAAGAUUUCAGAUUCUCGCUGAGCCUCAAAGAAAAGGAGCUUUUUGAAUCGGCAGCAGCGGAACAAGGCUACGCUGGAAGCACACUGUAUCUCAGGUUUAUGCAAGUCAUGUUUCCUGAAGUAGAACGCAGACGUAAGUACCACGCUAAAUAA